CGUAUAUAAAUGGCGUAGAUACUUCAAUAAGUUAGUCACAAGUCGUACGGACUGCAACAGUGCAACUAAAUAAAAUUAAAGAUGAAAUUCUUCGCUGCCGCUACCUUCAUCGCCUUUUUGGCUUUCGCCUGCGCUGAUGUCUCUCAUCUGGGCUAUGGCUACAACCAACCCGCUGCUAGCGCUCCAGUUAACUCCUACAUUCCACCUGCAGCUAGCGCUCCAGCACCAGUCUACAGUGCCCCAGCUCCAGUUUACCAACCAGCUGCUGCUGCGCCAGAACCAGUCUACGCUGCUCCAGCUCCAGCCCCAGUUUACCAGUCAGCUCCAGUUUACCAACCAGCUGCUGCUGCUCCAGAACCAGUCUACGCUGCUCCAGCCCCAGCCCCAGUUUACCAGCCAGCUCCAGUCUACCAACCCGCCCCAUCUGCACCAGUCUCAUCUUACAUCCCACCGGCAGCAACCGCUCCAGAACCAGUCUACUCUGCCCCAGCUCCAGCUCCAGUUUAUGCUCCACAACCAGCUGCCUCUGAAGUCUAUGAGCAACCUGCUGAAGAUGGUUACAGAUACCGCACUGUGCGUCGUCGUGUCUACAAACAACGUCGUUUCUAAGCUAAGAACUAAUGAAUACUCCAAAAUAAAUGUUUAGUUAACUCGAAA